AAAAAAGCCAGGUGUGGUGGCACACACCUUUAGUCCCAGCACUUAGGAGACAGAGGAUGGUGGGUCUCUGGAACUCAAGGUCAGCCUGGUCUACAGAGAGAGUUCUAGGCCAGCCAAGGCUACAAAGACCUUCUUCUAAGAAAAAAAGUAAACAAAAAAUAUACCUCGGUAAAUAUUAAAAAAUACUUUUAAUUGGCAAUAAGGUAAAUAAAACAUGGAAACAAGAGAGCCAACCCAGAGGACAACUGCAUUAAAAGAACUCUGAAAAGAAGAGGGGAGAAAGGAGUCAAUGAAAGAGGGGAAUCAAUAAAAUUACUGAAACUUUGAAGAAGAUGAAGGAAACGGUUUCCUGGGUUAAACGGCCCAUCAAUUAUCUCGUACAAUGAAUGGAACGUAAACUCAAACCAAAGAACGCAUGACUGUUAAUUUCUAAAUGGUUGGGAUAGUGAAAAUUCUACCACAAUAAGUAAAAUAUAUAUGACAUCUAUUGAUAAUAAGAAAAUGAUGAGGUUCAGAUUUCAUAGUGACUGCAUUGGUUCAAGCAGCUCAUUGACAAAACUUAACUCUGAAGGAAAAUUAUUUUCAACCUAAAAAGUCAUAGUUGCAGUUCCAAUCAAGUUUGGGGGUAAAAUAAAGAUAUUUUAAUACAUUUAAGAUCACAAUAAGGGUAGCCAGGCAUGGUGGCACAUGUCUUUAAUCCCAGCACCCAGGAGGCAGAAACAGAAGGUUGUCUGUGAGUUCAAGGCCAGCCUGGGCUAAACAGUGAGAUCUUGUCUCAAAACAAACAACAACAACAACAACAACAAAAAGAUAUCAACAAAGAGGCUGGGGAUAUGGCUGAGUCAGUAAAAUGCCCGCUGCACAAGCAUGGAAACUUGAGUGAAAAGCCCCAGACCCUACCAAAGCACCAAUUGGCAAACAUCUCAGUGGUAGACCCUGUCUCAAAAAAAAAUUAGGGGAAGUGGCUGAGGAGAUUGGCUUAGCAGUUAAGAGUACUUACUGCUCUUGCAGAGGACUCAGGUUUAGCUUAAGCACCCACAUGGUGACUCAGAAACACUUGUGACUACAGUUCCAGGGGAUCUGUCUUACUCUUAUGACCACCAUCACAGGCUCCUGCAUAUACAUACACUCAGGCACAUGUAUAUACACAUAAAAUAAAUCUUUUAAAAGGAAGAUGGACACAAGAAAACAACCACAGAAUCAACUAAUCAAGGUUCAUAGAGGCUCACAGAGACUGAGUCAAAAAUCAUGGACCCUGUAUGGGUCUGACCUAGGUGUUCUGCAUAUACAUUAUGGUUGUGUAGCUUGAUGUUCUUGUGGGACUAUUAACAGUGGAAGUGGGGGCUGUCUCUAACUCUUUUGCCUCCUUUUAAGACCCUUUUCCUCCUAUUGGAUUGCCUCAUCAAGCCUUAAUAUGAGGGGAUGUGCCUAGUCUUCUUCUAACUUGAUAUGCUGUGUUUGGUUGAUAACCCUAGGAGGCCUGCCCUUUUCUGAAGAGAAAGGAGGAGUAUAUCUGGGGAAGAAGGGAGGAUGGGAGGAUGGACUGGGAGGAGAGGAGGGAGGAGAAACUUCGAUUAGUAUGAUAUACAAGAAUUAUAUUAAAUUAAAUUAUAUUAAAUUAAAAAGAAAAACCGGGCAGUGGUGGCGUAUGCCUUUAAUCCCAGCACUCGGGAGGCAGAGGCAGGUUAAUCUCUGUGAGUUUGAGGCCAGCCUGGUCUACGAAGUGAGUUCCAGGACAGACGGAACUGUUAAACAGAGAAACCCUGUCUCAGGAAAGACAAGAAAAAAAAAACACAACCUUCUCCCUGUCCCUCAAAAGAAGAGGUAAGGUGGAGAACAACCAACCAAUGAAGAUUCUGACAUCAACUUCUCUCUCUCUCUCUCUCUCUCUCUCUCACACACACACACACACACACACACACACACACACACACACACACACACGUGCACAUGAAUACAAACACCACAUGCACAUAAAAAUAAUUUUUCAAGGAUCAUAACAAAAUUUAUCUUUCAUACAUCCUUUUCUGGAAGCUACUGGUUGAUGCCUAUAAAACGGAAAAAGGAACCCAAAGAAGAAUAAAAGAGACAGAAAAAAACAGAAAAGAGAACAUACAAAAUCGGAGGAAAAUGAAAUAAUGUCCGUGUGCUGAUUCCAGGAUGACAGCCGUGUCUCAAGUGUAGCAAACAAUAGUGAUCCGGUUGAAUCUUGGUGACUCAAGGGACUGGUGUCUUGCAGAAUACUUAUCAGUGAGUCCAUCAUAUCAUCUUUUCAGUCACAGGAACCUAUUAAAAAUGUGAUUUCUUAAAGCCCAUGAGUAAAUAGGAAAACAGAAAGACACCAAAAAAUCCUAAUGGGAAAUUAAACUAGAAUAAAAGAUGAAGAAUCUCUUGAUGACAACAGUGAGAAGUUCCAUAACAGAUGUGGAAAGCAAAUCAUCCACUUUAAAGGGGAACUGGUAUCUUGGAAGACACGGGAGUCACCACGUGCAGAAUUGUACUAGGAGGCAAUUGGAAUCAUGAGAAGACAUGGAUAAAUACUAUUGGUAAAGAAAAUGAAAAACCAAGGCAAUUAAUAAUGUCAACAAAAUAAGUGUGGAAAGCAUAGUUAUCACGUAGCAAUGUUCCUGACACACUGAAAGUAAAAAGAGGCAUGAGAGAGUUCAGAUUUAAUCCAACUUACCUAGGAGUCAGUUGAUAAUGUGUGAGCUUAACAUAUAUUUUAAAAUAUCAGUGGCAGAGGAGGUGAUUAAAAAUGCCUAAAAAUGACUGCAUCUUGGGAGAGAAACAGAGAAGAGGUGAGAAGGCAGGGAUCGCUGUAUUUUAAGUCUUUUAGUGUUUGAUUUUUAAAAAUAAAGGUUACGUUUAAUUCUGGGGUAACAUGAAUUUUAAAAUGUCCGUACCCUGGAGUUCUUCCAAGUCUCAUCACCAGUAGAAGGCAGAUAGGAUGUGAGUCAUUGCUGAUGAUAAUAGGAAAAGGUAAAUAAUGCUAACAAAUGUGAAAACUAGAAAAAAAUGACUUUUUUUACCUUUUUAGAGUUUUAUUAGGAGAGAGAGAGAGAGAGAGAGAGAGAGAGAGAGAGAGAGAGAGAGAGAGACCAAAAAAUGACUUUUAAUAAAAGGAAAGGUGCCUAUAGAAUUCUGAACAGACAUAACCCAGAACAGAAUCGACAAGAUAAAGAUCUACCACCAAUGAAGGCACUGAACUCAGGCAGUUUAAGAGGCAAAUUGCAAUUAAACAUGCAGAAGAAAACAAUAUGUCUAUGUCUGUUCUGGUCUGCAAAAAUAGAUGGAAAGCUUCCUCACUCUGUGAGGCCAGGAUGACAAUCUACUACCCAAACCAUGUAAGUUAAACAUGAAGAGAGACUUAAAAAUGGGAUGACAUAUCAAAUCUACCUGUGCAUCAAACUAAUUCAUCAUGGUUAAGUUUAAUUUAUGUUAAGGACAUAAGGGUUUAAAAGCUAAGUAACACAUGGACAAUUUAAAAAAUAUUUUGUGUAAGAAAAAGAAAACACCCUUGAUUUUAAAGUCUCAGCUGGGCGGUGGCAACACACACCUUUAAUCCCAGCACUUGGGAGGCAGAGGCAGAAGAAUGUCUGAGUCCGAGGCCAGUCUGGUCUACAAACAGAGUUCCAGGACAGUCAGAGCUGUUACUCAGAGAAACCCUGUAUUGAAACAAACAAACAAAAAUCUCAGUGUUUUUUCUUUGAGAGCAACUGUCAUAAACAUGGAAUAUCAAAGCACUUCAUCAAAUGCGAAUCUGACCUACUGGCUACAGCCAAUGUUAGGGCAUUUGCUGGUAUUGGAGAUCUUGGCAAUUAAUAUCAAUAUAUAGUACUUAGGGCAGAUGGAGUGUGAAAAUUGUGGAGAAAAAAGUAUUAUAGAAAGUAUAGAAGAGGAGUGAAGACCUUGGAAGUGGAAAAAAUAUCCAAUUCACAAGAAACUGGAAAAAAAAACCUAGUUCUGUGUUAGUAUUCAUUAUUGCUAAGUGGUUUACAAAUAACACAUUUGUUGACUUCUUGGUGGAGGUUUGUUUCUCUUUUAUAAUCUUUACCGUCAACUUUUAAAACAGGAGAUUUUUACAUUUUCUUAAAUUUUGGUGGAGAAUCAGAGUUUAGUGUAAAUCCUGGGGCAGAAUGCCUUUAACCGGCUAUCUUACUGCUUAUUCUUGAGGAAGACAAUAGCACGUGUACAACGCAAGGUGGCGCUGCAGGCUAAAAAGAGGAAAGGGAAGAGACGGGAAUGGGGGAACCGCACAAAGAAUAGUCUAGGUUUCCGACAAAGCCAUAGGGAAUGAUAUAAGGGCAGCAAGCGCUGGGAGAAGGUGCCUCUCUCCUUUCACAAGAAUUGCUAGCAUCCAGAUCAUUCCUAAGGAUUCCAAGCUGCUUGUAUUCCAGGGAGCUGCUUGAGGCUAAGCAGAAGGAUUUUUGUUUUUAUUUUGAACGUCUGAGAAAGAAUGGAGGCCAGAUUGGAGCGAGCUAUGCAGAAAAGGCAAGUACUGUUUCUUUGUGUAUUUCUGGGAGCGUCUUGGGCUGGCGCCGAACAGCUUCAGUAUUUUGUGGCGGAGGAAACGGAGAGAGGCACGCCCCUGACCAAUCUAGCUAAGGAUUUGGGGUUGGGGCUGGGGGAACUGUCAGCUCGAGGGGCUAGAAUUGUUUCAGACCGGAACACGGGGUUUUUACUGCUCAGUCCGCUUACGGGAGACUUAAUUCUAAAUGAAAAGCUGGACCGGGAGGAACUGUGCGGCCCCACGGAGCCCUGUGUGCUGACUUUCCAGUUGCUGUUGGAAAACCCAGUUCAGAUUCAUCGAGCUGCACUUCAUGUCAAAGAUAUAAAUGAUAAUUCCCCAGUAUUUCUAGACAAGGAAAUUCCCUUGAAAAUAUUAGAAAGCACAACUCCAGGGGCAACAUUUCUCUUGGAGAGGGCGCAGGAUUCCGAUGUGGGGACGAACAGCCUGAGUAACUACACCAUCAGUCCCAACGCAUAUUUCCACAUUCACGUGCAUGAUGGAGGGGAGGGCACUGUCUUUCCCGAAUUGGUACUGGAUCAAACGUUGGACCGAGAAGAAACAGCAGAGUUCACUUUAACGCUCACAGCCUUAGAUGGUGGAUCUCCGCCCAGAUCCGGGACAGCCCUGGUUCGAAUCCUGGUGUUAGACAUAAAUGACAACUCGCCCGAGUUCGUGCAGUCCCUCUACAGGGUACAAUUACCUGAAAACACCCCGGUUGGCUCCUUGGUUAUUGCUGUGUCCGCCAGGGAUUUAGACACGGGAAGUUACGGGCAGAUAGCAUACGCAUUUUUCUAUGCCACUGAAAGAAUCCUCCAAACGUUUCAAAUCAAUUCUACAACCGGCCAUCUUUAUCUUAAAGCUGAGCUCGACUACGAAGCAAUUCAAACUUACUCGAUAACUAUACAGGCCAAAGAUAGCGGGGGACUUUCUGGAAAGUGCACUGUGGUUGUGGAGGUACUGGAUGUAAAUGAUAACCCACCUGAGCUUCUCAUGUCUUCACUUACUAGCCCAAUUGCUGAAAACUCACCAGAGACGGUCGUUGCUGUUUUUAGAAUUAGAGACAGAGAUUCGGGGAACAAUGGGAAAACCAUGUGCUCCAUUCCACAUGAUCUCCCUUUUGUCCUGAAGCCAUCCGUGGAAAAUUUCUAUACUUUAGUAACAGAGAUGCCUUUAGAUAGAGAAUCGCACUCUGAGUACAACAUCACCAUCACAGUCACCGACCUGGGCUCACCCAGGCUCACAACCCAGCACACCAUAACAGUGCAGGUGUCUGACAUCAACGACAAUGCGCCCGCCUUCACACAAACCUCCUACACCCUGUUUGUCCAGGAGAACAACAGCCCCGCCCUGCACAUAGGCACCAUCAGCGCCACAGACUCAGACUCAGGCUCCAAUGCCCACAUCACCUACUCUCUGCUGCCCACCCACGAACCACAGCUGGCCCUCGCCUCUCUAUUCUCCAUCAAUGCUGACAGCGGGCAGCUGUUCGCGCUCAGGGCGCUGGACUACGAGGCCCUGCAGACCUUCGAGUUCCACGUGGGCGCCACAGACCAAGGCUCUCCUGCGCUCAGCAGCCAGGCGCUGGUGCGUGUGCUGGUGCUGGACGCCAACGACAAUGCGCCCUUCGUACUCUACCCGCUGCAGAACGCCUCUGCACUCUGCACAGAGCUGCUGCCCAGGGCGGCAGAGCCAGGAUACCUGGUCACCAAGGUGGUGGCAGUGGACCGCGACUCUGGACAGAAUGCCUGGCUGUCCUUCCAGCUGCUCAAGUCCACAGAGCCCGGGCUGUUCAGCGUGUGGGCUCACAAUGGCGAGGUGCGCACCUCCAGGCUGCUGAGUGAGCGAGAUGCUCCCAAGCACAGGCUGCUGCUGCUGGUCAAGGACAAUGGAGAUCCUCCAAGGUCUGCCAGUGUCACUCUGCAUGUGCUGCUGGUGGAUGGCUUCUCUCAGCCCUACCUGCCUCUGCCAGAGGUGGCGCGCGAACCUGCCCAGGAUGAGGAUGAUGCGCUCACUCUAUACCUGGUCAUUGCCUUGGCUUCUGUGUCUUCCAUCUUCCUCUUGUCUGUGCUGCUGUUUGUGGGGGUGAGGCUGUGCAGGAGGGCCAGGGCAGCCUCUCUGGGUGGCUUCUCUGUUCCUGAGGGACACUUUCCUGGCCACCUUGUGGAUGUCAGUGGGGCGGGGACCCUGUCCCAGAGCUACCAGUAUGAGGUGUGUCUGAGGGGAGACUCUGGGACUGGCGAGUUCAAAUUCCUGAAACCAAUUUUACCUAAUUUCCAAGACCAUCCUCUUGAAUCAGAAAUGGGAGGAAAUUCCAACUGUAGGAACGACUUGGGUUUCGGCAUUCAGUUAAAAUAACUGUUUUGUUUUUAACAUGGGUAGUGUUUUUUGUUGUUGGAAACUCAAACUAUUGUUCUUGGCUGUGCCCAUUUUGAAAAUUUGAAGCAUGCUGAAAACUUGUUUUCAGGAUAUUCUGGCCAUGGUUUUAGUGAGAGUAUCUCGUCUUUUCUCCAGAGUGGAAGAUGCAGUGUUCUAAUCUUGUCUCUCUAAUGUGUCUCUAGUUGUACAAAUCCUUGUUCUACGAUAGCUUACGAAUAUACAAGAGAAGAGAUGGAAAGUCAGUUCAACCCAAUCAGAUGCGGUUUAGUGUGUGUUCUGUUCUUAGUUGUGAGCCAUUGAGAGCAUACUACAUGGCAUUGCUCAAAUGCCACAAAAUCUAAUCAGAAAGGGGGAAAGAGGAGGCGCUGUCUUGUGCUUUAUUCAGCCUCCAAUGGACUAACUUCUUUGUUGGUGUUUUCUCUUAAAAAUGUUACAUAGCUGCAUGGUUCUUCUUUUGCCCAUUAUUGUUUUUAAUAUCACGAUUUUAAACUGC